GAAUGAAAAUUUAGAAGUUGUGUACAAUUUGCAGAAGUGAAGAAUAAAUGCGUUCCGUUACUUGACUGCAGCUGUUGGUAAAGGCAGUAAAAGUAGCGCGAAAGUGGUCUGGUCGUCGCCUCUGCAAAAAUGCUUCGUUUAUAUUAUAACUGCAUUAAAUAAUACUUUUGCAUCGGUGAAAGUAUGUAUGUUAACUGCUUUUCUUAUGCACGACCGCAUAACAGGCAAUAUAAUAUCGUAUUGAGCGUCAGCCAAUAAAACGUGGAGUGCUGAGUGCUGGAGUGCCGAAAGUGCAAUCGAAAAUACCAACAAACAAGAAAUUAAAUACACAACAAUUUCACGCGGUUUUACAAACAACGCGUAAGGCCUGGUCCGUUGGUUAAUGGAAUAUUCACUUGUUUAAAUUUUAGCAUCAUGUUACAAAUACGUAAUUUACUGAUCCUCGUAUGCAUCGGCCAGACGCUGGGUGCGGAGAUUUUUAUGGCCACCAUGGGCGGUACUAAGUCACACAAAAUACCAUUUUGGGAGCUUGCCAAAGGAUUGAUAAGAAGAGGUCACAAUAUAACCUUCCUAAGUGGAUUUCCUGCAGAUUUCCAUGUUGAGGGACUGCAUGAGGUUACACCUGCGAUGCUGGUAGAUUACAUACAGAACUAUACAAACUGGGAUCUUCUAGGAUCUAGAAUGAAAGGUGAAAUGCCCAUCAAGCCCUGGGAUGGCAUACGUUACGCCUUUGAGUCGUGCGACGCUAUGUUGGGCGAUGCGGAAACGAAGGAACUAGCGAACCGCAAUUUCGACCUGGCUAUUCUGGACGGUGCCUUUCCAGAGUGCAUACAGGGAAUUAUAUAUCAGUACAAGAUACCAUUUAUGUAUAUAAACACCGUUGGAUUCUAUACAGGUAGUUUAUCCCUGGCGGGAAACCCUGCCAGCUAUUCUAUUACGCCCAACUUUUAUUCCCGUUUUACGGACAAUAUGAGCCUUUACGAGCGAGCAGUUAACACGGCCAUGCAAAUCGGACAAAAUAUUGUACACACUUACGUGGUGCGGCGUACGCAUCGGGUUCUGCGCGAUCAUUUGGGGCCGGACAUACCUCAUCCUUAUGAUAUAUCGCGCAAUGUGAGCUUUAUCCUCCAAAAUGGACACGCUGUCGUAUCAUAUCCUCGCGCCCUAAAUCCUAACGUAGCUGAGGUAGCAUGCAUACACUGCAAACCGGCUCGACCACUGCCCAAGGAUCUGGAGGACUUCAUUGCGGCAGCCGGAACGUCAGGUUUCAUUUACGUGUCCAUGGGUUCAUCUGUAAAAGCCGCUAAUAUGCCUGAGUCUUUACGCCGUAUGCUAGUAAAGACAUUUGCUCGUCUGCCCUACCAUGUGCUCUGGAAGUACGAAGGAAGUGCAGCAGAUAUGCAAGAUUUGACGCCGAAUGUAAAGCUAUCCCGUUGGCUUCCACAGCAGGACAUUCUAGGGCAUCCAUCUUUGCGCGUCUUUGUUACUCAUGGAGGGCUGCUAAGCAUGUUCGAAACAGUUUUCCAUGGUGUGCCAGUAGUCACAAUGCCCGUAUUCUGUGAUCACGAUGUCAACUCAGCGAAAGCAGAGGUCGAUGGGUAUGCCAUCAAGCUAGACCUAGAAACUCUAUCUACAAAUCAAUUAUAUAAGGCCAUUAUGAAAGUUAUACACGAUCCGCGCUAUAGAAAUGCAGCCAGAUAUCGUCAAAAUCUCUUGCUGGAUCAGAAGUCUACAGCGCUGCAGACCGCUAUUUACUGGACGGAAUAUGUGCUGCGCCAUAAUGGAGCCUACCACUUGCAAUCUCCAGCGCGUAAUAUGAGCUGGUGGCAGUAUUAUCUACUGGAUGUAGUGGCUCUUUACGUCUUAGCCCUCUAUGUCCUCGUGUUUCUAUUAAAGCGCCUCGAUAUUCGAUCUGAAAAAGCUCGAAACCAACAAUAUCCCACCUUACUUCCAGCCAAAAAGAAAUCCAAGAAACUUUAAUUGGCACACCGUUUUACAGCGUAGAAUUUAUGAAAUCUAAUUUUGAACUGUUGCACAUACCAGUUGACAAAUACUAAUUGUAAAUACAGUUAGAAAAUGUAAAAACUUAGACAAUGAAAUAUUUAUGUA